GUUCGACCUCUUACGUUUCUCAAGCUUAAGUUAUCAUAUGAUACCUACCUAUUACCUGCCUCUACCUCGACGUAAACCCCCCGCUCUUCACGCUACCACUACGAUGUCCGCCCUUUUCCACUUUGAUGCCCUGCUCCUGGUCAUUCUCCUAUUAAUCUGUACAUGCACAUACGUCCGCCAGACAGUCCCGGGAAUGGUUGAUUCGAGGAAGGAUAAGAACAUCUUCUUCGGCAUGUUCUGGAAGUUUGCGCGUAUCGGGGAGCGAUUGUCGCCGUAUGUUAGUAUUUGCUGUAUUAUCAUGGCUGUUGUCACUUUCGUUUCUUGAGAGUGAUGGGGGAACCAUUUUUUUUUUUUGGCGGUUUGAUUCACCGGGGGAAGGUACGGCUGGAAUUACAGUAUGGUAGUAAAUAAUUAUGGUUGAGGAUUGCGAGAUGGGAAAGUGGGCCUAAGGCUCGCGGAUGUAUUUUUUUCUUGCACAGAUUAUACAAUACACAAGAUUGCGAGG